GUAAGGCAUGAGCAGUCAAGGACUAGGUGUUGGUAUACCUAGCCAACCCGGCUCUUUGCUAGCACAAGGGGCCGGAGCUGCGGAGGUUAAGCUAUAUAGCAACAAGAAGGAGCAGGCGCUGUAUGAGAGUUAUGCUGACCUAUAUGCCAUCAUCAAGACCACUGAAAAGCUCGAGCGGGCCUUCGUGCGGGAUGCCAUUGGCGCUGAGCAGUACGAGGAGGCAUGCGGCAAGCUUAUAGGCCAGUUCAAGGUGCUCUGGGGAUCCAUGAAAGACACGGUCCCCAGCGUUGAGAAGUUCAUGUCGGACUACAACAUGCAGUGUCCCAUGGCCGCCACCCGGCUGCUGCAUUCGGGGCUUCCCGCGACUGUGGAGCACCGAACUAAGCAGAGCCGCGCCAACGACCCCGAGGCGGUCGCGGUGGCUGAGACGGUGCAGCACUUCAUCACCGCCAUGGACUCCCUCAAGCUCAACCUGGCAGCUGUGGACCAGAUCUGCCCGAUCCUGCUGGAUCUCAUCAACAGCAUGGACAAGAUCCAGACGUUGCCUCCCGACUUUGCUCCGCGGGAGAAGGCGCGCAUGUGGUACAGCAAGCUUUACCAGAAAGCCGCCAACUACGAACUGCCGGAAGACGAUGUACGACAACUGAUGUACGAGCUUGAGGCGUCGUACAACACGUUCCUCACGACGCUGCGGACAAAAUAAUGAAACGUCGCCUGGCUGCUACGGAGGACGCGUACUUUCGUUGUGGUGUCAUCGUCGUCGUUGUGCGGCGGCGAGUGGUGAGUUGGCCGUGUGUGUUAAGAAAACUGGCCGCGAGUAGGAACGUACUGGGAUGUCGGAAGAUGAAGUCCCCACAGAACCGCCGCAGGAGCCGAGGAAAAUGGUGGCGUAUGUACAUAUAUAAGUCCAGUACUGGUGCUGAGAGGAAGUAGGACGUAAGAAACACGCUCGUAAAGCGACCGGACCUAAACACCGUGUGUGGUGUCCCUAGGUGUUUUAGGCUGUCGGGUUGCACUGCUGCGUGAUGACGAAGGUGCCGGUACCGCCAGCGGCGUUUACUUAUGUUUUUAGCCGUGUAUGACAUGACUUACCUACUUACUAAUCAGGCGCAACCAAACGGUGCAGCCUAUGCGUAGCCGAAGGCAGAGUCAGAUCCGUUGCGUGUUGCUGCUUGUCUUAGUUCUUAUCGGUUGGCUUGCUUGGCCGGGAGGAUGCGCAAGGAGGAGGAAGAAUACCAGUACCCGGACAUGGCAUCACGGGUCUGCGUUGUAGCUUUCGCCCUGCUUCUGGUUGUUUUCCGUUUUCGAAAGGGGUUGCCAGACGAUUUAGGACACAUCGCACAGCAGGCGCCGUGCGUGUAUAUAGCGUGUUACUAAGGAGGGUAUGGACGUAGGUUUUGCUAGUACAGGCGUCCUAAAAGUUCCGUUUCGGCAACCAAAGGCGUGGCAGCUACUGUUGCGGCUCACACGGUAUCUUUUUGCACCUGCUAGGCCAGACGUCCGUGCGGCCAUCUAAGCGGGUCCAUCCGGGUUCGC